AUGAGUCCAGGUUUCUUCAGCUUAGGCACAUGCCUGUCUCCGCGAUCCAAGAGCACCAGCACUCUUCCUGACAGAGCAACCUGGGAUUCAAAUACCUACCAACGUGACACAGAUGCUGCCCAACCAGAAACGCUGGAAGCUGUCAACGGUAGUGGAGGAAGUGAGUCAGAUCCUGGUGCUGACUCACUCAGUGACAUUUCUGUGGACCAUCAGACACAAAGACAAUCUGAUAAAGAAAAGGUACAGGCAGAGAUUGAUAGAGUGAUUGGCCAGAAGAGGGCAGCAAGACUUGCUGAUAGAGAAUCCAUGCCCUAUACCAAUGCUGUCAUCCACGAGGUGCAGAGGAUGGGCAAUAUCAUCCCCUUGAAUGUUCCCAGGGAAGUAGCAAUGGAUACCAAUUUGAAUGGAUUUCAUCUGCCAAAGGGUACAAUGGUUCUAACAAACCUAACUGCACUGCACAGAGACCCAAAAGAGUGGGCCACUCCAGAUGUGUUCAAUCCAGAGCACUUUUUGGAGAAUGGACAGUUUAAGAAGAGAGAAUCUUUUCUGCCAUUCUCAAUGGGAAAGCGAGCUUGCCUGGGAGAACAACUGGCCAGGUCUGAGCUGUUCAUUUUCUUCACUAGCCUUAUGCAAAAAUUCACCUUCAAUCCCCCAAUCAAUGAGAAGCUGAGCCUGAAGUUCAGAAAUGGCCUCACACUUUCUCCAGUCAGCCACCGCAUCUGUGCUGUCCCUAGAAAGUGAUGCUGGAGAAGCAAUGAGAAAAGGAAGAUAGGAUGUAUGCCCUGAAGCUUCUGGGUUGCUCACAUGAGAGAAGAAAGAUGUCAGAAAAGGAAGGUGAUUCAAGAAGUACUGAAGAAAUGUGGCUUAGAAAAUUGAAGCAAUCUCCUAGAAUAGUAGCCCCUUGAUUUGGUGGUGGGCACAUCAUUUAUGAGCUCAGUGGCAGGCCUUUUUGUCUAAAUGUUUUGAGGAUAAUGGUGAUUCUUCCAAACAAAGUGCAUUAAAUUGAAUUUAAAAUGAAUUAAACAUCAAAAUUAAAACUGUGAUUGUUAUUUAAAAAGUAAACUUUCUAAGUUCAUCCUGAA